AUGAGGAUGAUGCGUGCUUUCUCGCAUCUCUCGUUGAGGAUCAUCUCCGCCGCCCUGUUCUUCGCGCAAUAUGCCUACUGCGCGGGUACCAUGUCCUUCCCGCUGGGGAACCCCGAUGCGGGCUUCCUCGGAUUGAAAUCACGAUCUCAAGACGCCAACAGCAUCUUGAAUUUUCCUCAGCAAUUGAAUAAGGCAAACCUGGGAGAAAGAUUCCACAUGGCAAAGGCGGCGGUGGCCAAGGCUGUCGCCUCCAAGAUGGACUUUGAGAAGUAUUCGAAGCUGUUUGCUGCCGGAGGCUUCUGCGCAUCCCUCACGCACUUGGUGACGGUCCCACUUGAUGUCGUCAAGACGAGGCUGCAGGUGCUGCAGGAGGACGAGGGUUCACGUCAUGACCUCCCAUCCAGGUGA